UUGUAUUUUUCAUUUUUAUAAACGGGCCGGGUCGAGAUUCGCGAGGUUUGUCCAUAUUCAGUUGCCUUACUAUUCUACGUUUCCGUCUGUGUUCAAAAUGGCGGCGGCCGAGGUAGACGGCGACCUUGUGGACUGCGAUUUACCCAGAGCUACACAACUACUGAACAGUCUCACAGAGCAGGUUGCGUCAGUGACGAGCCAUGUACAAGGUUUGAUAAAGAGAGUUGAAGAUGGAUCAUACCACACCUGCAAGGGUCUGUCAUUUCUGGACCUACGCUAUCAGUUGCUGCUGUUUUACAUUCAAGACAUCACACACCUGAUCAGCAUCAAGUCAGAGGGCAGGAGCUUGAAAGAAAAUGGUGCCCUCUACAGGCUGGUCACUGUCAGAACAAUCCUGGAGAAGAUGCGUCCUCUGGAUCAGAAGUUGAGGUACCAGAUUGACAAGCUGGUACGCACAGCACUGACUGGGAGUUUAGCUGAAAAUGAUCCACUGCAGUUCCAUCCCAACCCUGAUAAUCUUGUCAGCAAGCUCAGUGAAUCCGAGGACUCAGAGGAUGAAGGAGAAAAUACAGCAAAUGUUUCUGGGAAAAAUGAAUCCUCAGGUGCUACCAGAAAGUAUGUACCACCUAGGAUUGCACCAAUGCAUUAUGAGGGAGACAUGACUGAGGCGGACCGGCAGAAGGACAGGGCAGACAAGCUGAGACGUGCCGCGCUGCGCAGCUCUCUGAUCCAGGAGCUCCGGCAGCAGUACAGCGACGCGCCCGAGGAGAUCCGCGACCGGAGGGACUUCCAGACGGAGCGCGAGAGUCGCGAGGAGCUGCACAGGAAGGAAUAUGAGGAGUCCAUGAUGGUGCGUCUGGCCGUGCCUCGCCGAGAGAAAAGUAAGCGGAAGCGAGGCAUGCUGGGAAUGUCAUCUCAGUUGAGCAGCAUCACACGAUUUGGUGACAUCACAGCCCUGACUGGAGGAGAAGGACAGGAUGUUGAUAACCCUCAGCCUAAGAAAAAGAAGAAGAAACUAAUGAAGAAGAAAACAAAAAAGAGAGCUUUCAAGAAGCAUCGGUAGAGGACAGAGCACAAGGGUCUUAAGAUGGCAGAGGGUUGUUCCCCAAAACGACUCAAUGCAUCAAAUUCAGUCUGUUUGCAAUGUAUCACACAUGGCUUCCCAUUAAAUUUCCUUAACUUUUUAAGUCUCUCUUUCGUUUAUAGUACAGUCUUUGGUCUUUGUUUAUACUGAGAAUUCUUCCCUCACCUAUCUUAACAGCUCAAAUAAUGGUCAAUUUUUGUUCAUGUGAUGCUUGAAAACACUUCUCAAAUUAUGGGAAAUGUUCAGGAUCCUGCCAGUGCUGAGUGGCUGGGAGUGUUGAAUGGGGAUACCUAUUUACCUAUGGUGUCACUGAGGGACCAAGGAAGGACCAUAGUCACUAGGGUAUCUCACCCCUAAUCAGUUACUUGAGACUGCAGUCUCUCACAAGUAUGUGCAUAAAUGUUCAUAGCUACAAGUUAGUUUACAGUUAUUUUUGUUUAUCAUUAAUUAUGGUCAAGUAAAACAAUUUAAAUGUGAUUAGGUACAUGUGAAUGCCUGUGUUAGUUUUAGAGUAUUUUCAAACAUUCUUGUUUUAAAUUGGGAGUUUUAAAUGCCAAGUAGGUGAUUGACACUUCUGUUUUUUCAUUUUUCGGCUUCAUUAGCAUUACCAGGUUUAGUGUUCUCAUUUAGGUGUAUACAAACCUGUGUGGAUUCAGCAAUUCUAUGAAGUGGGUGCAGUGCACUUGGUCAGGGUUUAAAUUUGGGUUCCUGCACUGAAUGGCAAUGCAGCCUAUCAUCAUGUUUAAUUCCCAGUACUUCAAAAUAUUUUUUCUUUAUGGAAAAUCUUGAUCAGAAGUGGUUCUAUAAAGGCAUUAGUUCAAGUCCAAACAAAAGUACCUAUUAAGUCCACGUAACAUAUAAGCCCACUUCCAACUUUUGAGUUUAAAAAAAUAAAUAUAAAAUCAUAA